GUUCCAGCAUUUCAAGUUCCGCGUAGAAUUAUAAAGUUCGCUAUAUCCAUUACAAAAAACUGCAUCAACGUGAAAACAAUUCUGGAGUGCAUCAGCGGUCAGUAACUCCCACGAAAAUAAUGGCGGAACCGAUAAAGAAAAUAUCGAAGGAAUCGGGUGUUCGUUAUGCCUUCGGUAUGUACGAAGUCAUCCUUCGAGUCAUGGGAAUUUGGCCAAUGACUUGUCAGACCAUUGGGGCCCAGUGUCUGACCAUAUUUGCGUUAAUCACUCAGAUAACAAUGGUCCUGUUCAUGCUCGGGGAAACGAUACUCGCCGCAUCGCAGGUUGACCCCCAACUAAUGUCCUUCGGCUCCUGUAAUUUCCUGGCCUUCACAAAAAUCCUGGUGAUUCGCCUGAACUGGCGGAAGAUGUAUUCCGUCAUCGAUGACUUGAUGGGCGUUUGGAAUGAGUCCCACGGGGCUGAGGCCCUGAGAAUAAUGCGAGCACGAGCAAAAUUGGGACGGGACGUGGGCUUUUAUCAACUGUGCCCCACAUACAUCGUUCUGUUUCCAAUAAUCAUAGGGGCACUCCCCCAAUUCGCCCCGAUGGUCAAUGGUACCAUGAACUCCACAUCCCCAGUGCUGAGAUCAUUUCCGCUUCAUACGGGUCGCAUGUUCGCUGGCAUAUCGACGACGCUUUACGUCAUAAUGUUCAGUUAUCAGAUUAUCCAGUUGUUCAUGACCUGCACGGGGAACGUGGGGAAUGACGUGUGUUUCUUCAGCAUUGCACUGCAUUUGACAGCACAGCUUGAGUGCUUGGCAGUGACUUGUGAGAACCUCGUGGAACAUCGACAGAACCUGUCCAAGAGUAAUAUAUUCGCUGGUGUCAUUGACAGACACGUCCGGCUGAUUGAAUAUGCUGAAUAUUUGGAAUCUACUUUCAACUUUAUUAUUUUAUGCAUCGUCACUGCCAAUUGUUCGCAAAUUUGUUUCUACGGAAUUUUAGUCAUCAGAACGGCGCGAGCAGGAGAUUUCGUCGUCUGCAUCAACACCAUCAUCUGCAUGAUCAUCCAUGCACUCCAGAUAUUCAUGUACAGCUACGCCGGCGAGUGCAUGUCCCGGGCAAUUGAAAACGUCAGCACAACCGCCUACAAGUGCCUGUGGUACGACAUGUCUCCACCGAACCGACAGAAUGUUCUGUUCACUCUCGUCCGGAGGAACAGAAUAUACAGUUUGACAGCGGGAAAAGUUUAUCGCAUGGAUUUGGACAGUUUCAAAAAUAUCAUGAAAGCCCUCGGCUCGUAUUUCUCCGUCAUGCAGGCGAUGUUCAAUGAACACGGUAGUGUCUCGGCCCAAGUGAGAGCGCAAACGACCACCGAAGACUUCGAUUACAAAAUUAAAUGCAAAUAUAAUUUUUCUGAAUUAUUUAAUAAUCGAGAAAUGAUUGAUUCAGAGAGCAUCGAUUGUCUUUCCAGAAAUGCCUCAGUCAUAACAAAUUAUAUCUUUCCCAAUUCCCAAUCGAUUUCUUCCACUAAAACACAGAAUGUUACAUCACCGUCGUGUCACGCAACGAUAAAUAAUGCAUCAACGGCAAAACAAACUUUCGCAAUUUUCCGGCCACGCACUCUCCACCUUCUGAAAGUAGCCUGGGGAGAACCCAAACAUCUGUUGGAAGUAUUAUUGCUGGUGAAUUUUCAGAAGAAAGGAAAUUUAUUCGAAACAGCUAUGAAUUCUCAAUUCACCAUAAUUUGGAAUGAAAAUAUUACGUACGCCUUUGGACUGUAUCGUCUGAUCACCCAGAGCUUAGGAAUCUGGCCCUUUACGUGCCAUAAUUUCGCCCCAAAAUGUCAAGUUCUGAUUGUCUGCGGAUUCCAGUUCACCAUGAUGAUGAGCUUAUUGGGGGAAAUGCACCUGAACUGCGGUGAAGUUAGUGAUAGAAUACAGAUGAUCUCUCUCUGCUCCUGCGCUUUCAUGACAAUCGUAAAGGUCGUCAUCAUCCGUUUCAACAAUCAUCAGAUGCACGAGAUUAUGAUGUCCGCUUUCAGGGACUGGUUGUCUGUGAAGACCCUGAACGAAGACCCGAAAAUGCGCAGUUGUGCCAAAUUGGGAAGGACUAUUUGUCUCUUUCAGAUCAUCGCUGCUUACAUCACAACAAUUCCAAUAAUUUUCAGCGGUUUUUUGGUUCCCACUAUCUCCAAUACGACCAACUCCACGGAUUCAGACAUCAACAUUCUACCGCUGAGCACAACUUGCCUUUUUCAGAAAUUACCUGGUGAUCUUUACAUUUCCGUGUACAUCAUUCAAUGUAUCCAACUGCUGAUUACGUGCACCGGAAAUGUUGGAUGUGAUUGCUAUUUUUUCGGAGUGACGAUGCACCUGAGUGGGCAGAUUGAAAAAUUGGCGGAUGAUCUGGAGCGAUUAGGAAAGGAUGACGCUGACAUUGAUUGUCGUGAUGAGUUUGUGUCUCUGGUGAAGCGACAGAGACAUUUGCUGAAUUUGGCUGACAACUUGGAAACCACUUUCAACAUUAUAAUUUUGGUGGAAUUGAUGGCGCUAACGUAUCAGAUUUGCUUGAUCGCCCUGCAGAUGGUCGUCAACAUCAGGAUGGGCAACAGCCUAGUCAUCAUGAACAACAUCAUUAUGCUGCAGAUUCUUUAUCUGCAGUUGUUCCUGUACAGCUACGCUGGUGAACGUCUGUCUUCAGGUCUUGAAAAUUUGGGAUCAGCUAUAUACAGCUCUGCAUGGUGUCAUUUGCCAACCAAAAUCACUAAAGAUAUAAUAUUUGUCAUGAUGCGGUGUCACAAGUCAUUUGUACUGACGGCGGGAAAACUUUGCGUUAUGAAUCUCGAGAGCUUCAAAAAUAUUAUCAAAGCAGUGGGAUCAUACUUUUCUGUUCUUCUGGCAAUGUUUGAUAAAUAAUGAUUCUAAUUACUCUUGAAAGGACUGAUGGAGUCUGGGGACUAGCCUUCCCACGAGGUAAUCUGGGUAAUCAUAGUCCACCUGAGGCAAAACUGUAGAAUGAAUUUAUAUACGAAAAUAUUCUCUUUUAUAUUUGCGUUCAUACAGCUAAAAGAAUUUCAGUUGCUUCAGACAUGAAUUAUUUGUCAUCGUAGUCCUAUUGAGCUGUCGUAGCGAUACUAUAACUUCCCGACGAUAUUUUUUCUAUGAAAAACGAAAAAUAACAGCGAAGUCCACCGUCUAAAAAAUAGCUAUCAGACGAGGAUUUUUGAGCCAGCAAAAUAAAUAAAGAUAAGUAAAUA